CAGCGGCGGAGGCUAGGGUGCGGGAGGCAGAUCCUCAGCCAGCAGCAGUGUGUAACGCUGUGAGCUUCAUCCUCCCCGGCUGCGGACUCCCCUCCUCUCCAGCCGCUUAUGGUUUCUUCUCCUCGGACUUCUUUAGGGUGAGAGCACUUAGUGGGGAGGGGACACUUCCCUUCAGAUGUCUGCAAAGUUACUUGUGCGGACCCGGACCGGCCUGUCCAGAGCGGGAGCUGCGCGGCUGUAGUGAGGCUCAGGCUGUGGUGUGCCCCAAUGACAGGAUUACUGAAUUUACAGUCCUGGGGUCCUUUCUAGGUCCCCAGGGCCGACUGCAGAGGACUUACCCAGCUUCUGAUCAGAUCACUGGGACCUAAUCAGAGGGAGAAAUACCCUUUGAUCGUGUUCUGGUUACAGACUGCAGCAAACAAGGGGUUAACAGGUAACCAGCUAUAAGCUGCUCGAUGCAGGAAGAUGCUGACUACAGAGAGAGGAGUUGUGGAUGAAUGGUUGUCAGAGUAUAAGACUCAGCCUGAGGCAUCUAUUACAAGUUAUGCUGCAAGUCUGAAGGAGAAGACAACUUUGGUUUCGGCACUUUAUGAAGUCAUUAAAGAACCUCAGAGUGAGCUACUAGAACCUGUCUGCCACCAGCUCUUUGAGUUCUAUCGAAGUAAGGAGAAAAACCUGAGGACAUUUACGCUUCAGUUCCUUCCAGAACUAAUAUGGUGUUACCUGUCCUUGUCUACCAGCCGGGACCUGCAAAGCAGUGGGUGCAUCGAGGCUCUGCUCCUGAGCGUCUACAAUUUGGAAAUUAUGGAUGAACAAGGGCAUAGCAGGGUCUUAUCUUUCACAAUCCCAUCUUUGUCGAAGCCCUCCGUAUUCCAUGAGCCCUCCACUAUAGGGUCCAUGGCACUCACUGAAGGAGCAUUAUCCCAGCACGGGCUCGCCAGAGUGGUGUACAGUGGGCCUCAUCCACAAAGGGAGAUGUUAACUGCUCAGAACAGAUUUGAAGUGCUGUCGUUCCUCUUGUUAUGCUAUAAUUCUGCCUUAAACUUCAUGCCAGCACCUUCCCUCCGAUCCCUGUGUCAUAUGUCCUCAAGGCUCUGUAUAUGUGGAUAUCCUCGGCAACAUGCAAGAAAAUACCUAGGUGUCAAGAACCGAAUCCCAGUGUCCUCGGAGUUUAUGGUGCAGCUCCUGACUGGCAUUUACUACUCAUUCUACAAUGGAGAGUGGGACGCAGCACGUAGAGCACUGGAUGAUGUUCUAUACAGGGCACAGCUGGAACUAUUCCCAGAGCCAAUACUGGUUGCCAAUGCAAUAAAGGCGUCAUUACCACAAGGAGCUAUUAAGGGAGCUAAGGAAGGCAUUAAGUGUAUCCAAGUUGAAAUUGCCCCUACGUCAUCAAGGAUAUCUAGGAAUGCCGUGACCAGUUUGUCGAUACGAGGUCAUCGGUGGAAGAGGAAUGACUCUGCAGAUUUAACAGUACAAGAUGAGCUGAGCGAAAUAGCCGAGGUGGAUGAAGGUUUUUGUUCAAGGGCUGCCUCCAGCUCCAGCCAGUCUGCCCUGUCUCACAGCAGUAGUGGCAGUUUCAGCAGACCAGCAUUGGUGAAGGCCCAGAGAAGAUCUCUUGGAUCCCGGGCUGGGGUUAAAGAAAGGGAUUCUGGGGGAGACUCUUGCCGCGAACAUCUUAGCAGGAAGCAGAACCAGCGAGCCAUGAGUGAAAACCUGGAGCUAGUGUCUCUGAAGAGACUGACCCUAACAACUAGUCAGUCCCUCCCCAAACCUGGGAGCCACAGUCUGGCACGAACUGCAACAUCUGUGUUCAGUAAAUCCUUUGAGCAAAUGAGCGGGGCGGCUUCUUUACAUAAUGCCAUGGGUGUGAACAAUGUUGGCACAGGCUCUUGUGUGGAAACAAAUCGGUUUAGCGCAUGUAGCCUACAGGAGGAGAACCUGGUCUACAUUUCUGAGAGGACUGAGCUUGCAGUGCCUGGUAAACCCCAACCAAAUCUCCAUCAGAGGUCCCCAAGUAUCUGCAUUACCCUGUCUACCGACUAGACCUGAAAGCCAUGUCGGGUGGUAUAUGAAUGGGGAUUCCUGAUUUUGUUGUCCCUACGUUUUCUAAACUGAAUGGUGAAACUUUGAUAUUUCAUUGACUUGUAUACUAUAACUUGCCAAAGUUUUUACAUGCUACCUAGCAAGAGCGUUCAGCAGUUUCUAUACAAUGGAUGAGUAUCUAGCCAUAGAUUUUUAAUAUUGUACUAUUUACUUGAAAGUGUACCUUUCAACAGCCUGCCACUUUGGUGGCCAUUUUGGGGAUGACCCAGAAAAUGCAGUUUAGCUUGCUAGGGGCUGUCGACACAGCACUUGAGGAAUUAGUGACUAUGGAAGUGAAGAAAUGGCGUCCUCUACAGUAUACAGUUGAUAUAGCACUUUACUGUGGAUUUUAUUGCCCUUAAGUGGCCUACACUGAAGUACAUACCACAAAAACUACCUGAGUAUGCCCGCAGGUGGCAGUAUAAUGUACCAUGUGCUAGUAUUUUCAGGGCCAUUGCCCAUAAAACUUUGUAACUUUUACGUUUUUUGAGACUAUAGUUGUGUUCCAAAAAUUCACUUUACAGUUCCAUUAGGCUUUUUUUUUUUUUUUUUUUUUUAACUAUUUUAAUGUUUUGGAAAGUCCUGAAUAUUUUAUUAUCAAACUUUUUUUUUUUAUUAUUAUGUGUUGAAAAAAAAAUAUAUAAAAAGACUCCUCCAAGGCACCAUGUUAAUUUAAUUUACAGAUGCAGCUUGGUGCUUGGAGAUAAACGUAAGGAAAUAAGGGAAGAUUACCCCAUAGUCUGUAUUCCUCAGACUUAUUUGGCAGAUCACAAAGCACAUCCUAAAUAUGAAAUGGCACAAAUAUUUCAGUCACUCGCUGCCAACCUGACACAAAGGUGUUUUAGUGGAAGCUGGCAUAUAUUUACUUUGUUUUAGGAGAAGGUAUGAUGAAGAUAGUUUUCAUGUACGUGUUCAGAAUUGAUGUGAAUAUUGCAAUAUUAUAUAUAUAGGUGGAUAUAAAGCAAGUGACCAGAACAUAUAGCGGAUAUAUAAUGAUUUGGCUUUUCCAUCAUUUCAAAUGUUGUGUGUGUUUUGUUUGUCCACAGUUGCUGUAAUAAACGACACAACACAUUUAAAAAAAAAAAAUUGGCGGGGAGCUCUCU